GUAUUAUCUAUGGUCAUUGUCCAAUGUAUGCUUGUGUUUUCGUAUUUUUAUUAUAUUAACCGGAUAAACAGUGAUAAAAACGUGUAAAUAAUACCACUAACUUACAUCGUAUAACUUUCGACAAACCGGCAUUAUGAAUUCCAUGUCAAUGGAUAAAGAUGAGUCUUCAUCAUCUGGCGUUACAACGAAUCAUCCUCUGGAGCAGUUUAUUUUGCUGGGGAAAUUCGCCAAGGGAUCAGCCUGCGCAGAACUAAUCAAGCAAGUAUUAGAGGCUCCUGGUGUUCAUGUAUUUGGGGAGCUUCUAGAAAUGCCCAAUAUCAAAGAGUUGGAGGAUGGACCCUAUGCUGCUCACUUUAAAACCUUAAAUUUAUUUGCUUACGGAACUUAUAAAGAUUAUCUAGAGAAUAAAUCGGAUUACUUAGAAUUAACACCAGUUCAAAUCAAGAAAUUACAGCAUUUGACCAUAGCAACACUAGCAACUCAAGAAAAAUGCAUCCCAUACAGUGUACUGCUCAAAGAAUUAGAUAUAAAGAAUGUAAGAGAUUUAGAGGACUUAAUUAUUGAAGCAAUUUAUGCAGAUAUUAUCCAUGGUAAGCUAGAUCAGGAGUGCAAACGUUUGGAGGUAGACGUUGCCCUGGGUAGGGACGCAAGGCUCGAAGAUGCUGCAGCUAUAGCCGAUAUUCUGGCUGAUUGGUGCAAUGCCUGUGAGGCUGUACUUCACUCGGUUGAUCAGCACAUAUUACGAGCUAACCAACACAAGACCAGAGCGAUCAGGCAUCAACAAGGCAUUGAUCAAGAGAUUUUAUACAUUAAGAGAACUCUCAAAACCCAAGCGGAGAGUGAGGAGUCUGCAUCAGGUAGCAGCGAGAUCCAGGUGCCGAAGAAAUCCUCUAUCAAAGUGAAAACACCGCGCAGCAGUAAAUUCUGGCAGAAGAAUACGUAAUUGCUUGUUUGUAAUAAAUUGUAAUAUAAUAUCUGUGUAAUACAUUUUUAAAUACUU